GGCCAGGUAGGGUAGAUCCCCACUAAAAAAAAAAAAGGUAUAGUAACUUAUCCUGAAUACGUAGUUACCGAGUAGCGGGUUCCAGCUUGCCUACUAGCAAAGCUCCCCCCUGGACCCUGCCUGCCUCUGCCUCUGCUGCAAGGUAACACCCGCUGAAAAUUAGGUCAGAUACAGUGCAGCGUCACAACAACCGUCGAUAUCUACAACAACAACAACAAGAGACGAGUAUCACCAACGCAACCCGCCAAACAGCGUACACGCCGAGUCUGUCUCGACAUCUCAGCCACGCGAUUCCGCCAGUUUAUCCCUUCCCAGGGCCACACAGCGGUAAUUGUCCGAAAACAGAGCUUGGUCAAGCUCCACGGCGGCCUGAUCGCGGUGUUUGUCACACACUGCUCCUUCGACACGCGACGAUGAGAUAGAAUUGCCAUAGAAAAUCAUGGCUGAAGCUGUACCCGGCCUCUUGGAGGCCCUCCAAUCCCUCCACGGAGCCUUGCUGUCCGUCAUCGACCGCCCGAAAGACCAGCGCAUCGACCUUCCCCAGAUCCUCGGCCCCUCCUUGGAUGCCCUCAGCGACAAGAUUGCAGCAUUCCUGGACAAGCCAGCCAGGACCAAAACCAGCCGCGAUGCCGUGCUCUCGGGCAAGAUACAGAUUGACGGGGAUGAGUACCAGGUCGCCAAGGAAUUCCAAGAGAUGGCCCUUCAGGUGGCCGACGAGAUCGAUCUGGACGAGCUAGAGGCAUCGCGACUCAUCCUCGAGUCGGAAGACGACGAGCGUCUACUUGGCCGCCCCCGCCGCCAAUGCGCCCUCAUACGCUUUCACCAACAACGGAAGUACCUGCUAGACUGCAUCAGACUCCUUCUUGAGCUUUCCAAGAUCGACGAGGUUCCAGAGGAGGUCGAAGAUUGGCUGGGGGCUUAUGUUUCCGAGCUGAUUCUAGGCAAUGCGCCUUCGGCAAAGGCCACGAACCUCGUACCCAGGUGUAUCGAAGGCAUGCGCCACAUCAGGUCCUGGCAGCAACGAAUUGCCGACCAGGUUCAGAAAUUGAGCCUCCUGGGCCAGUCCAACCUGGCAGAUCUGCGGGAGACCAUCGAGUUCUCGCGUGUCAGUCUCAUUCAGCAACACGAGCUACUGGCUGUUGUCUUGUCUUAUGCCGUCGACAAACGUAUCGCUACACCUCAGCAUCUCACCGACUUUUUUGCUUUGGUGGAGAACGUGGAUCGAUACGACUAUUCCACUAUUCACCUAUUCCCAGCCCUCGGUUCGUUCAUCACAGUUUUUGGCUCCACGGAAGGCAACGGAGAUCUCGACCUCGCUCGUAAAUUCAACGCCACCAUGUGCAAACAAUCCGACGACGACAACACGCGCAUGGUCCCUUUCUUUCACGCGGGCGUCAAAGCCUGGUGGUUGUCAGAAUACAGUGGGUGGUAUGUGGACGAUGCCGCAGGGGCUCUGCUCCAGGGUGUCGACAUUGAUGCCGAGGACGCUCAAAGGGCGAGGAUAUUUACAGAGGCCCUGAAAGACGGUGCUUUCGACUUAUUGAUGGCCGUGGUGGCCGAUGUUAAAACGUCUGAAUGGCAGGACCCUGCUCGCGUUGGUAUCCGGCAAUGGCUUCAACGCAAAACACCAUCAUUGCCGCCUGACACUAUACCCUUCUCAGACUUUUUCCAGAAGGCUCUCGCGAGUCAGGUCGAAAUGUUUGUCGAUGCAUUCGUCUCAAACUUGCCCGAUAUAUUGCGGAAACUGCGGGUAGAGGAGGACGAGCAGCGACAGAUGAACCCCGGCCACGAGCAAGAUCUGGACCUGGAAAGAUUCCUACUCAUCAUCGCGUUUACAUACGAAGGGCGUCCCGAGGCAGCAGAUGCCUUUUGGGGAGACCCUGAUAGCCAUCUCUCAGGUUUCUUGCAAUGGGCGUCAAGGAGAGCCUCUACGCCUCUCGUCAGUGCCUUCUGCGAGAUGCUUCAGUCUCUAUCCGAAGAUGCAGAAUCCGCAACGUCGGCUCAUGAGUUUCUCCUUGACGACGGCUUUCACGCAUCAGGGAAGAUGAGAAAGACCUUGUCGCUGACAUGGCCCCAAAUCUUCAAAGAGCUAGACUUCUUCACAAAGAAGAUUCGCGAGAAACCAACCGCCCCCGUACAACCUCAAGGAUUCAAGGCCGGAAGAUUUAACAAUCACGAACAAGCCGAAACAGAGCCCGAAUCGGCAAUGAUGCUUGAGUGUUAUUUGCGUCUCAUUACAAAGCUUGCAUCGAACAGCAAUACAGCACGUCAAUUCCUCCUCGAACAUCAGCAGCCUUACCUGCUCGAUUUGGUGUUCGCUCUAAUCAGCAGCAAUGUCCCACCACGUCUCAGAGCGUGCGCAUUCAAUGCCAUACGCGCGGUGCUCACGCGCAAGACUCUUGAUCAGAGCAUGGGCAUCUGGGCCGAUUUGGAUGCCUGUCUCAGUGGGGCUUUUAUUUCCAGUAACAGUAAGGCCGCUACUAAAUCACCUACUGUGAUAAUGGAGUCGCUUUUCGAAGAGAUGAGCUCUCGGCACGAGGAAGUGAGCGCAUUUGUGCAGCUGCUGACGGUGCUGUCGUGUCUACCUGAAGGCUAUGCAGCGCUAAACGAUACGCUGCCCUUCUCGGAGAGCCUGGGUGUCUCCACUAGGGUACAUCCGGGCAUCGAGCCAUAUAUCGACUUUGCUCUCGGCCAUGUGUUUGGUGUUCGGUCUCAAGACUCUACGGACGUUGUUCAACAACGCAUGUUACGCUAUACAUGUCUGGAGUUCGCGCUCACCUGCCUAUCAACUUUCAACGAGGAUCUGAUCGUCUUUGCGAAUGAGACCUCCAUCCCCGUCGACUCUGCCAUCGCACCGAAAGAUUUGGCAACUUAUGUCACGCUUCACCCAUUUGCGCGCAUCAUGGAGUGGAUGUAUGAUGCCAAUGUCAUCAAGGCGCUGCUCAGCACGAUACACCAGGAACCGACAGAAGUCGGCAGUGCCGCCCCGGACUCUCCUCUCAUACUUAGCAUUCUCCGCAGUGUGGAACUUAUUACGAAGGUCCUUGACCUGCAGCCCACCUACCUUGACCUUGUACGGCCGCUGCUGAAAUCCCAACCUCGAUCACAAACUCGAUCGGUCUUCACCCCCACCUCUAACUGCGCAUUUGGUUCUGUCGAAGAUGGUCUCAUGACAAGCUUGAACAUCAUCUCUGAUCUCGGAAGCUACUGCGGUAUUGGUCACGCUGAUCUGACGCUUGCAAGCUUGAAGUUGCUAGAGAAGAUCUCUACUUCGUCUAGAAUCAUUUCUGCAUGGCAACAUGGUUCUGAUAGACCCUUGCGACGCAACAAGGCUAUCGUGGCUCUAGAAGACGGUGGAUACGCAGAGUCGAUAGCGGGUUCCUUCGUCGCUGAGAUGGGAACUCCGCUGGACAUGUACAGGCAAGCCGAGUCGACGAGUUAUCAGACGAAAGUGUACAUCUUGGAUUUCCUAUACGCAUGCAUUCAGGCAAACCCAGAUCGCCCCACAGUUGCCCACUUGCUUUUGGGUUUCCAGUGUGAAGCGAACACAAUCGACAUCGCCCCUAGCGGGGCAUUUGCCCAGGGUGCCGCUUUGUUCCACUCUAUCCUCGGCAUGCCUGUGGAACUUCCCAUCACGGACGACCAAGGCAGCGUACGCACCUGGCUCAUUGAUCUCAAGUACAAGGCUAUGAGGAUAUUUCAAGCCCUCUGGAGCUCGCGACUCUCUUCCGGGCUCGUCCUUGAGCAACUGAGGGAAAAUGAUUUCUUAUUUCAUCUCCUCCUACAAGGACUAGUGGUACAGCCCAGUUCCUCAUGGGACGGCUUGGAACCUGCAGGUCCGGACUUUCUUGUCGCGCCUGCUGCACAUGGGUACGUUGACUAUCUUUCCAUCAGAGCGAUGGCGUUAGAAUACAUCACGCAUGAGCUUUGCAGCGUGUCACAAAGCCACUUGCCUGCGCUGAAACGGCGUGUGUUUGACGCACUGGGCGGUCAGAUCCCAGUCGAUGGCGGUGAAGCCAUACAAGUACCGUCCAUUUUUGAAUUCCACGAUUUUCUACCGCAAGAAUCCCAGUUUUCAACAGAGCCACCAGAGCUCAGAGCAUAUCGGGAUCUCGACAUUCGAGCUUGCCUUGAGGAUGAUGAGGAUGGGGAUGCUCUAUACAACUUGACCAAAGUCAAAGAGAUCAUUCUUCUCAAACGUAACGCGACACGUUCCUCCGGGCAGAUCAUAUCUCAGGAGGAUCUUGCUCCUAUCGAGAUCGAAGAGGAGCAGAUCCAGUUAUAUGCUGGGUAUCUGAAUCGCUUCAAACAAGUCAACACGCGUAAUCAUAAAGUCCUAAGAGCCUGGACAAAGCUGCUCAUGGUCAUGACCGAAACCAACGACUUCAAAGGCACAAAUCGCAUCUCGUUCAUCUUGCAAGUCCUUCAAGCUAUACUUCCCAGCCUGGAGGUGUACGGUUCCGAAAAUCCAAUUGCUGCGUUUGAACUUGUUAAGUUGGCAAAGGUGCUCGUCUUCAACCUUGACUUCAAUUUGAUGUCAGGAGGGGACAAAAAGAGCCGUGCCAUCGGCAGUUUGGUGAGCGACAAGCUAUUUCAAUUGUUCCAAAUAUGCCUCAACGCAAUCGCAAAGUGGUCCGGUACGCCUGAGCUGCGCACUCUGUAUUAUAACAUCUGCUACCGCUACAUGACUGCGCUUAUAGAUCAUGGUUCCGGCUUGCUUUCGGGGCGUCAAAAAACUGCCAAGACAAUUCAAGUCUUUGGCGAGAGACUGAUGAAUGUUGUUUGCGAUGACGCUUAUGGCGGCGAUGCCGUUUGCCAAACAGCAGCUUUGAUCCUGUUAAGCACUUUGGUCAACCUGGGCAGACACGAAAGCGAUAACUACGUGGUUGAUAUGCUUAACCGGCUCAACUUCAUCGGCAUCCUUGUCGACUCCCUCCGCACACUCAUGGAAGACUGGAUCCAGGUGAACGGAAGUGGAAAUUCCGACUUAUUGCAUUAUAUGAAUGCAAAAUUGGCACUUCUCUUGCAGCUAUGCCAGACGCGCGACGGUGCCAAGAAUGUGCUGCAUGCCAAUCUCUUCCGUUCACUAGAGACGUCGGGCUUGUUCGCAGCGGAUCCCGAACUGCAAGUCAACUCGUCUGACUUCAAGGCGCUGGAAAACCACUACGCCCUGCUUGUGAAGGUUUCACGGAUAAUUGGGGCGGCUAUCGUCAGCCGCGGUUCGCACAACGUGUCACAAGGCAGACGUUUCUUGACCGAGCAUAGGAUGCUGGUUAUGCACGUCCUCAAACGGUCUGCCGGCAUUGGCGCCGGCGCGGGCAAGAUGGAGGCAGCGUUAGAUGACAAAAUUCAGGAUCUGGCCGAGGCGUUCAUGGUGAUCGUCAUGGCGACGGACUUUCUCGAGUUCGAAAGCGAGGCGUAUCAACCACCUGAAGCCAAGGGCACACCUGUGCUCUUUCACUAGACUGCAUAUGCCGUAUUGAUUAGUGCUAAAAAAUCUGAGAUACCAUUACAGCAUAUCGUGUCACGCGGGACGGUCCUUCAUUUCAGAGCGACACGUUAAAAGGAGCAGCAUAAAAGUUACAUUAGGUGGCUGGGAGGCGUUGGGAUUUAGGUAGUGACAUCGGUUGGCUUAUUACGAGAUAUUUAUUGCACUGAAAUGGUGCGAUAAAAAAAAAAGGGACGCGAGUCACAACAAUCAACAUUGUCGAAUGAAAUGGUUGACAAUUUUCAAU